GGGGACGGGCCGGGGGCGAGGCCUCCGCGCCGCCUCGCCGCCGCCCCGGCCCAGGGAACGUGGUGAGAGCGGGCCGGAGCAGGCGGCUGCCCCCGGCCUGAACUGGGGUAGGGGAAGGUCGGGUCGGGGCCGCUGGGGCGCGGCGCCGGGAGGUGCGGGUGGCGGCGUUGGCUGCCGUGUACCCACGCAGCCGGCGGGAAGAACUUUGCGUUUUGUUUUUGGGGCUCUUCGUGCCAGGGCGAGAGGGUGGGUGGCUUCCAGGAGGGGCCGAGGGGCACCUGGUCUGCGUUGACUGCUCCCGGUGUGAGGUACAGGGAGUGUAAAUAAAUGGAAGCGCCGGUGAAGGGGGUGCUGCUGUCUCUUGGACGGGCUGACUGCAGCAUGAUGCUGCUGCCGUGGUGGUUUGGCUCUGGAGGUAGCAGGGCCAUGGUUAUGCUAUGGUGGUGUACUCAGCAAGAUAAGGGAGGUGACCGUCCCGCUGUACUCAGCACUGGUGAGGCGGUACCUUGAGUACUGUGUUCAGUUUUGUAGUUUUAGGCCCCUCACUACAAGACAUUGAGUCCCUGGAGCCUGUCCAGACAAGGGCAGUGAAGCUCUGAGGGGUCUGGAGCACAAGUCUAAUGGGGAGCGGCUGAGGGAACUGGGAUUGUUUGGUGUGGAGAAGAGGUGGCUUAGGGAAGGCUCUCUGCAACCACCUGAAAGAAGAUUGUAGCGAGGUGUGGGUUGGCCUCUUCUCCUAGGUAACAGUGAUAGGAUGAGAGGUAAUGAUCUGAAGGUGUGCCAGGGGAGGUUCAGGGUGGAUAUGAAGAAAAAUUUCUUCUCAGUAAGAGUGCUGAGGCGUUGUUAGAGGCUGCCAAGGGAGAUGGUGGGGUCACUGUCCCUGGGGGUAUUUAUGGAAAGGAUAGAUGAGGCACUGAGGAGCACCAGUUAGUGAGCACGCUGGUGAUGGGUUGACAGUCAGACUAGUGUUCUUUCCCAACCAUAAAUGAUUCUACGAUUCUAUGCUCUGUCCAGAGCCUUCUCUUGAGGUCUGCAUCAGUUUUCCUCUUCCCCUCUUUGUCCAUUUCAAAUAGAUACUAAAAGUAGAUAGACUGACCCAUCUUGUUGGUGUGCUGAUAGGUGCCCAUUAUUUUUAGUGCUGACAUCUACUGUGAUCGAAAUUGAGUAGCAAGUGUUUGUUUAUAGGCUUGUAACUGGUCCACUUGAUCAACGCUGUUCUCAGAGGGCUUAUUAGAAAUAUGUGUGAAACUUAGCAGGAAAGCCCGUGUGAUCAGAGGUCAAUAACUGCUUGGAUAGCUUUGAUUUUAUUUUUAAUUUUUUCUUCCAGACUCAUGAGAAGAGCACUGCUUUCUUCUGCCCCUUGUCCCAGCAUAUUGUGUGUUAGCGUAUUUCAUGUAAAAAGAAGAAACGUCAAACUCAUUUCCUCUUAGCAAUGAGAGAGGAACAGAGUUCCUAAAAAUUAAGUAUUUCACAACAGUUUUCAAAGUCAGCCCCCGUCCUGCCCUCUUGGCUGAAGGCAGCAAUCUAAAGAAUAAUCUAGCAAUGUGUGUAUAGGCUGUCCCAGUUCCUCUAUAAAAUGUAUCGAUUUUUACGCAUAUUAGUAAAGGAUAAUGCAAUCAGCGUUUGUCUUUCUUAAAUCUUUUGUCUUAAGCACAGUCAGGUGGAUAAGAGUGAUAGAUGCACUCUGUACUACACUUUUGGGAUUUAUUUUCAUCUGGUUCACAUCAUAACUUUUAAUAUAGGUGUCUGCAGGUAAACGUGAAGAGGAUAUUGUGAGGUCUGUGUCCAUUUUUUCUCGUUUCCUAGAUCUCACUGAGGCUCCUUCUUUCUGUUCCUCAUCAUCUUGAAGAGGACAAGACGAGUUGAAUAGUUGUUGUGAAAACCUACCUUCUUUUCCACCUAGUUUUGGCAAUGUGUCUGUGUUGAUACCUAUCCACCGAAUGGCAGAGGAGUAACUGUUUCUGAUUGUAAAUGAUUCUUUUGUAUUCUUCCAAAAUAAUAAUACACAGUUCUUAAUGUUAUGUGGUACUAGCUUGCCUCUGUCACCUCUUGAAAACUACAUAGAUCUGAAACAAAAAGUGAGGUUUUGGUUGAGCUAAGCUGUAGAUGCUUUCUCCUAAUUUUGAUCCUGUAAUGAUUUAUAGCGUGUAUUUGAAAUAGGAUAUGUAGCCCCAAAAAUAUUCUUGGUUGCGUGCAGAUUUGCAUAUUUCUAUCAUGUCUGCUUAGUCAUCCAACUCUACUAUAGCAUGACACAUUUUGCUCUAGGAGUGUCUACAUAACACUCUUUCCACUACUGUGAGCUGAAGUAAGCGCAGUGUCUGUUGUGUAUAUAGUUGUCUCUACACGCAUAAAUGUAAGUAAAUAUAUCUACAGUGAAAGACUUUAUUUGUUGUGUUUGAAUGACAGGUGACAAACUGAGAGUGAAACUAAGGGAGAGUUGUAUAUAGCCUCAGAUUUUUUCAGAAACAUCUGUUGGACUGCUUUUGUAGGCAGGUGUUUCAAGCUACAAGGUAGAAAUAUCUGCUACUAGUGGUUUUGCAGUGUGUUUCCCUGUCCUUAUUAUUGUCUUUACACAAACGGGGAGGUAGAAAGCCUAAACCGGGAAUUGGUAGUUAUCUGUGUAAUGUGGAUUUUCUGUUUACUCGUUUCUGUGGAGACGUAAUAUAAUAAAAUAUUGUCUAAAGGGUGAUGUUAACUAGCUUGUGAAAGACCAAGUAUCGUAUUGUUGAGAUUGCAUGUGUGGUAAUGUCAUAGUGGCAGUCUGCUUAUGGGAAGCACUCUUCUAUGUAGAAACAUGAGAGAGAGUUCAGAAAUAUUUGUUUAGAGUCAUUUAUGCAAACAUUAAAGGUGUUGAUUUAGAACGUUUCCAGAACAGCUUCUUAAAUUCUACCAAACCUUGAAGUAUCCUUCAGAGUUACCCCACGUGAAAGGCUUUCAAAUUAAAUAUGCAGCCUGCAAAUUUGUCUCCAGUUUAAGGCAUAAGAUGUUAGACCUGAUGCUGCUCUGGUAGGAGGUUUUGUGGUACAAAGUACCCUUUGUGAUCUCUUAUUCUGUGGAGGUACAUAAUCUGUCAGCAACUCCUGUGCUGUGUCAGUCAGUGCUUAAAAGAUGGCACUGUAGUAUCAGUAUCCAGAAGACUCGUGCAUGCUGAACCUUUUUAUUGGCAUGAGAAGUUGCAAUCAUCUGGCAAAAUUCAGUGUAUAAUAAGAUGGUGAGACAAACUAUAAUGUUGCUCAUAAACCAUACAGAUCAAGAUUGUCAGGGAAUUCUUAAUGUUUGUUCUUCUCUAAGGAUAAAUUAUACUAUAUAGAUCACGCAGGGUGAGUCUCAGUUUCAUGUCAGAGUGGACCUAAUGUUUCACUGUUUGCUCAUCUCCUUGAUUACGACUUCAAAUGCUUCUCCUGCUUCAAGUGCUGUUUUGUAACAGCCAACAUAUUAGUACAGUAUAGAAGUGAAGAAUUUCAUCUCCAUUAAGUUUAUGUAGCAGCUUUUUGUUCUUAAGAAGCAAUUGUUCUUGGAUUCCAGUGGGCUUUAUUUUCUUGGGGCCUGAAUUUGAAGUAGUGGUAUUUGAAAAGCAUCUUUAAUGUAUUACCAGAUUCUGUCCUAACCUAACUCUUUCAUAAGAAAAUUACUUCUCCUUUCCCUCUUUUCAGAGGUUGUAUAAAGCAGUAAGCAAACAGUAAAGCUACAGAGUUAAAGGUCAUUGUGCUAUAGCGGUAUUCAAUAUUCAGCCUAUCACAGCUAGAGUAUUUGUGUUUUGCUACUUACAUGUUUACUUGCUGAUGGAUAAUUGAGAAUAUUUUCUUAAAAACAUUUUUAGCCGAUUACAUUCAGUCAAUCAUGUUCCACAGUCAAUAUGCUUUAAUGAAAUGCUUGCAGUCAAAUGAAAUUGUUUGUCCACUGAAGUGGAUAUUAAUUUGAAAAGUGGAUUGGUUUCUGUGAAAUCAUAGUUGAGUUAAGGAUACUUUUUAAAAAAUAUGUAAUACUAUCAGCACUUGUCUCAUAUAUUGUGACAGAAAAAUAGGGAUACUUUUCUAAAAUGUUUUCAGUGUUGACCAUUCAAAUGUGCUGAAGAGAUCCACAGCCACGUUAGCGUUUUAAUCUGGUUGUGGCCUUGAGCUUUGCUUUUUCCAUUCCUUGGUUAUAUUUGGAGAUAUUUGUCCUGCAGUCUCAUCUGUUAAAGACAUUUUUACUGGUUUACAAUGUCUUAGGCUACUGAAAAUAGCUUGUGAAAGGCUUCUCUUAUUCUUUGUGUGUCAUUGAAUUUGUCACACUGUGUAUAAAACCUCAAGUAUGAUUAUUUCUGUUCUAUGGGGAGCUUGUAUACUUUGGCUUAACUCAAGCAUGAAUGUUUACUCCUAACACUUGGAAGAGUCAGGGAUUUGUUUUCUUCUUUUUAAAAAAAAAAUAAUUAAUUGUAUUGAGCAUACAAUAAAUAAUAGUAGAAGAGAGUACAGAGGGUUAUUCUUUACCUGGAUUUUGUGCAAGUUCUGAAGGGAUCUUAAAAUUUGCCUUUUGCAUGUGUGUUCUUGAAGAUGAGCUUGCAGAAACAGUGGGCUGGGUGCUGGAACACUGCUGUUGAAACAUGCUUGUUUUUCUUUCCUGAAACUCUUAAGAUUGUCCCAACGGAAUGGUGAUUUUUCACUAUCAUUAGAUCAAAAGUGACACAUACAGUUAAGGCAAAGUGGCAAUUCUGUACAAUGUCACUGUACUUUCGCAGUUGGUCAAAAAAAAGGUUAAUGGGGUACAUUGUUACCAACUAACAUUUCCAUGUCCAAUAUCAUCUUUCUUCCCACUGAUGCCUUGAAGGCAUUAAAACCUCCUUUUUUUUUUUUUCUUUUUUCUCCUUAUCAGUUUUACAAAGAUUUCACUUGUACAAAGUCAGGUUUUGGUUCUGGGUGAUCUCAUGGUGUACAGGUGUGGCUUCAGUAACCUGGGGAUUGUUGACUGUGUAUUUUAAUUGAACUCAGAAUACCUGGAUUUUAAAAAAUAAAUAUUUUAAUGCUUUUGUAGAUUGGCGUGAGUUUGUAGCUCACUGCUAAGUUUCAAGUGGGCAGUAUUGGGCAACUGUUCUUAUAGUGAGGAUCUCUGCUUUGUUUCCUUCUGUUAUGACAACAUUGUGAAAGAAGUGGUCAUGGAAGUUUUCUUGCUCUUCCUUUUUCAUAAGCGGCAAUGAUCUGUGCAGUCAUUUCAAAACAAAUCUCACUGUUUGUCUGCAACUGUUUCAUGUGUUCUGAGUUUAUGAGCUUUUGAGUGUGUGCAACUCGUUAGUGUGAUGUAUGUAGCUUUGUAGUUUCUUUUACUUCUGUACUGGAGAUACUAACCUUCAAUGUGUACCCGUUCCACUAGCAGGUAAUGACAGUGAGAUGAGUCUCUGUUCCUAUCUAGAUUCCUUUUGUGUUCAAGUUUUUUUCUUUUGCUUUCUUGGUAAGUCCAGUUUACAGGAAGAGAAGUCUGUGAGAAAUAAGUCUCUAGCUUAUCUUUUGCAGUGGAAUAACUUUUAAAAUGUCAGAGUGACCCUCUAUGAAUGAAUGAAAUGAAAUCUACCUCUUUGCUUCUGAAGCCCUCGCUAGAUAGAGCAAAUGCUUCUUUUGCUUUACAGAAAGUUCCAAGUCAAGUGAAUGUUCCACCUGCUAAUCCUUUUUCAGAUUUGGGAGCUGAGGUGAAUGAGGCUGAAGAUAGCCUUAGGCCUAAGAGACCUGAGUAAGAUCAGGUGUUUUUUUAUCAGUCUUCAGAAGUGACCUUCUACUGUACUGAAGAAAAGAGGGGAGAGAGAAAUUAAAGGGUAAGAAAGUCAACGAAGCUGUGUUGAAACCAGAGUUUUGUCUACAAAGAAGGGUUCCAUGAUGGGGAGUUAAAGUUGUCCUUUACAGAAGUCACUAAUUCAUCAAGUUUACCAACUACAAGAAUGAAACGUGCUCUUAGCAAGUUUGGAGCAAUCCUUGAUGUUUUUAGCACCACUGAGUGGAUAACAUCUCCCUGUACUGAUGUGGACACUGAGGAAUCCACUGAUCUUUCAGUGAUCUCUGUCUUUCCUGUCAUUGCUCAGCAAGAUGCUGGAACCAACCACACAUGAAUUGCUAGCAGUGUGACAAACAGCACUUCUGUUUCUGGAGGAGCCACACAGUCACUUGAAAGCUGUUUUUCACUAACUGAGACUGUUUCCUGUAGAAGUUGUAACAAAAAUGCCUGACAGGUCUCUGAAGAGCAUAUGUUUCCCAAGCUGUGAUCCGGGCAGGGAGAUGGCAGCUUACGGUAUGCAUGCAACUGAGGUUUCUGCUCUUCAUUUGCAGAAGUCCUGGUGCAGUUUGUUCUCAUGAAUGGCUGUUAGCAGCAGGUCAGGAAUUAGUAUCGUUGGCCAGGUUGUUAUGAUUCCCCUCUUGGAAGCUACUGAAAAGAUAGCAGAAAUGCUCCUACUUUUCUCAUAUCUUAAGUAAUUCAUAACUUCUCAAAGGGAACUUUCUGCGUGCUUAUUUCUUUUUCAAGACUGAGAGAAAAAGCUUUUCUGUUUUAUUUUUUGGUUACUAGCCUUGGACUCAUUGAAACAGUCCCCAUGGGGAUUGCUGUUUAUGGACUUAGUAUUUGUAAGAACUGGAUGGAGGGACAGUGGUGUUAAGGAACUGACAGGAAAGUAUCAAAAGAAUUUGUAACUCUAUUCUUACAUGAAUUCUAUUUAAAACAAAACUAAAUAAGUUUGGUCUUUUUCCCCACUGCAUUCCUGUUAGUCUAUGUGAUAUUUUUAGUCCUUUUUUUUUUUUGGUUUGGUUUGUAAAGAAGUCUAGAGAAUUGCCUUAAUAUCUCACAGUUUUUGAAAGGUAUGAAAGAAUUGAUAGAAUGCUAUAGAAGGAGAAGAAGGGGCUUAAGUAUUUAUCACGGUCUUUGAUUGAGAAGGGUGGGAAAAGUAGUUCUGACUCGAACAUUUUUGUAUCUCUUGAUCUUAUUCUUUCAUUAUGUGGUAGGAUAUAAGAUCCAGGUAGUACAGACAUGUCUUAACAAUGAAAGCUGUUCUUUCCUAACAGUGGCAAAUUUCAGUUUUGGGGCUACUCAGAAUAAAUUUGCUUGAGCGUGACAUUGGUGUAGCCUUUGAUAAUCAUAUCCUCUUGUCCAUUUUCAGAGUAUUUGUUUAAGAUUUGUCAGUAGCAGUUUAUAGUAAACCCCCCUGGUAUUCUGAGUUAAUUUUUAGUUGCUAUUUUCUGAACUAUGUUUAUAUACUUUUUUUUUGGCCAGUGUUUUUGCUAUCAGUAAAAAUGCUUAUGGUGAGUGCCACGUGCUUACGUAAGCUGGACUCAUUUUUAAGUGGAACUAUUUAUGGCACAGGCUAUUUAGUCUGCUCAGAAAAUGAGAAUUCCAUGUGCUUGGUGGGGGGGAAUGCAUGUAGACUUGUAAAGAGACUUUUUGGUCUCUUUUCCUGUUUAUUUUGUUGUUGUUGGGUUGUUUGGGGUUAUUUUGUUUUGUUUUCUGGAAUCUUUUUCUUCUCUCCUGUCUUUUUUUUUUCAAUGUUAAAUGUUGGGCAAGUCAUUUCUAAGUAUUGUAAAAUAUGUGAAUUAUGUAAACAUUUUGUAAUUGUAAAUAAUCUUAGUUAUUAUUAAACUAUAAGAGGUUGCAGGCAAUCAGAAAACUAACCAUGAUGCUUUUGAUUGUUUGUUCAUAAGUAGUGAUGACCUUAUGUUAUCUAUGUUAGAAUAUCCUAGUUGCUUGGUUACCCGAUGGUGUGUGCAUACAGCAUGACAGAAUGGCUAUUCAGUAGACAGAAAAUGCCAGAAGCCUCAGAAGAUCAUAAUCAUUGGAAGGUCUGUUGACUUCCAUUUUUUGAUAAUCUGGAACAUCAUCCGUCUGGCAUGGCUCAGAGCGGUCAACAACUCGAUGUGCAGGUACUCCAUGAUCUCCGACAACGUUUCCCUGAGAUCCCUGAAGGGGUGGUAUCUCAGUGCAUGCUACAGAACAACAACAACCUGGAUGCCUGUUGUCGAGCCCUCGCACAGGAGAGCAACAAAUACUUAUACAUGGAGUACCAUAGCCCUGAUGACACCAGAAUGAAUAGAAAUAGCCUUUUGCACAUUAAUCUGGGUAUUCAUCCUCAUACCAGCUAUCAUGCAGGGGAUGGAGCUCAACUUAAUGGUGGUCGUACACUGGUACAUAGUUCAAGUGAUGGACAUAUUGAUCCACAACGCACAGCAGGUAAACAGCUGAUAUGCUUAGUUCAAGAACCACAUUCUGCUCCCGCUGUUGUGGCAGCUUCUCCUAAUUACAAUCCAUUUUUCAUGAAUGACCAGAAUAGAAAUGCAGCUACUCCUCCUCCACAGCCACCUCCACAGCCAUCUUCCAUACAACCAGGAAUGAACACGUCUGCUAUGCAAGGCCCUCCUCCCACGUAUAUGCACAUACCUCGGUACAGUACAAAUCCCAUUACUGUUACAGUAUCACAAAACCUCCCCUCUGGACAGAGUGUACCCAGAGCUCUACAAAUUCUUCCACAGAUUCCAAGCAAUCUUUAUGGGACUCCUGGCUCUAUUUAUAUUAGACAAACAUCUCAAAGUUCUUCAGGACGACAGACUCCUCAGAAUACACCGUGGCAUUCAUCGCCACAGGGCCCAGUUCCACAUUAUACUCCCCGUCCUCUACCUGUGUAUCCACAUCAACAGAACUACCAACCUUCUCAGUAUUCUCCUAAACAACCCCAGAUCCCUCAGACAGCCUUUAGAUCACCACCGGCAUCCCAGUGCCCCUCUCCCUUUGGCUCUCCUCAACACCAGGUUCAGCCUCAGUUGAGUCAUCAGGGUUCACAUGUUUUUAUGCCUCCUAGUCCUUCAAAUGUCCCUCCUCAUCCAUAUCAGCAAGCAUCGCAGACUUUUCAAAAACAAGGCAGUCACUCUGUAUCGUAUCUUCCUCCUUUUGCUGGACCUAGUUUAUCCAAAGGUUCCAUGAAUAAAAUAGAAAUUACAGUUGAACCACCGCAAAGACCUGGGACUGCAAUGAACAGAAGUCCUUCACCAAUAAGUAAUCAACCAUCUCAACGAAACCAGCACCCACUGUAUGCAGCCACUACUCCUCCUUCAAGCUCUCCAUCAAGAGGUAUGUCGGGUCAACCCAAACCUCCAUUUAGUGUUAAUCCAGUAUAUAUUACCUACACUCAACCAACUGGACCUACAGGUGCACCAACACAGUCUCCUCGGGUAAUGGUAUCUCAGCCAAACCCAACUAUUUUUAAAAUCACAGUAGGUCGAGCACCGACUGAGAAUCUUUUAAAUUUAGUGGACCAAGAAGAGCGUACUGCAGCACCAGAACCUAUUCAGCCUAUUUCUGUAAUCCCAGGAUCUGGAGGAGAAAAAGGAAGCCAUAAGUAUCAGAGAAGUUCUAGUUCUGGAUCGGAUGACUAUGCUUACACUCAAGCCUUGCUAUUACAUCAACGAGCAAGGAUGGAGAGAUUAGCAAAGGAACUGAAGCUUGAGAAAGAAGAGCUUGAACGCCUGAAAGCUGAAGUCAAUGGUAUGGAGCAUGAUCUAAUGCAGAGGAGACUUCGAAGAGUUAGCUGUACAACUGCAAUUCCAACACCUGAGGAAAUGACCAAACUGAGAAGCCUCAACAGACAGCUCCAGAUAAAUGUUGACUGUACACUGAAAGAAGUUGACCUCCUUCAGUCUAGAGGUAACUUUGAUCCGAAAGCCACAUGUAACUUCUAUGAUAACAUAGAGCCUGGUCCUGUUGUGCCACCAAAGCCAUAUAAAAAGGAACAUCCAAACAAUUCCAAACAGACUGCACGGACUCAGCCAAGAGAUGAAGACUUUGAAGGAGCUCCAUGGAAUUGUGAUAGCUGCACCUUUCUAAAUCACCCAGCACUAAACCGCUGUGAGCAGUGUGAAAUGCCACGAUACACUUGAAAAUCAAGAAGGGGCUUCAUUGGGUUGAAAACAGGCUCUCAAGCCGACAGCUGUAGGAGAAGGAAACAUGGGGAACCUUUCAGUCCAUUUGCCCAGCCUUUGCUAGUCUACAAUCUUCAUAGUGCAAAGGGGUGGGGGAAAUGUGUUAAGAUGUUUCUGCUUUGUGACACGCUAAGAAGGAAAUAAAGGUGAAAUUCUUUCUUAUCUUAUUACAGUGAGCAAAGCAGAAAACAAAACCUGAAAAUGUAAAAGGAUUAAUUUCUGGAAGAAUGUAUGCAGGAAAGCAAAUAACUACUGGUGUUUAGUCCUGUGGUUGCAGUUACUGCUUAGUAGCUCUUAAAAAAAAUAAUAAUAACUUAAAAAAAAAAAUAAAAAAAAUCAAGUUAUAGGACUCUUAGUAAUGGUGUGAAAUGUUACACUGAUCCCAAAAAACUGAAGAGCCAGAGUUGAUUUAACCUGGCUUUACAGCUAGCUGGAAAACAAAGGCUCCCUGUGCUUCUCGAUUGUAAGCUAAUGAAAAAGAAGACAGGUAAAUGCAAACAUAAAUUUUUCAAUGUAUAGAAAGAGGAGGGGAAAAAGAAAACAUAAAAAUACCCUUCUCCUUGUUGUUUUUGUUUUGUUUUGUUUUUUUGUAAUUGCUGCUUUUUUCAGGGUAAUUUAUGUCUACAAAAAAUUACUGUUUGAAAUAGUGACCUAAGGUGACUAGACGAGAUACUGUGUGAGUGUUACAGAGAGUUUAAAUCAGAGGUAAUUUCUUACAAUCCCUUUUGCUUGUACAGUGCUCACCUGGCUGUGUCAACAUUGGUAAUAAACAAAGAAUGAAUUCUACCAUAUUAUGUAUGAAAAUACUACUGCAUGCUUUCAUUAGACCAUUGUGUUUAAAAGCGAAAAGUAUGCUUUUAUAUACAACAAUUUUCUAAGACUGUGCUGUAGCAGCACAGUGACAUAUGCCAAACACAGACUACUUCAGAUUUGGUUUGAAAGACUUGAGCUCAGCCAUGAUUAUGUAUGAGAAGUGUUUGUACCCAGUUUCUUAGGCUUUUUCAGCUUCCUAUUUAUGAAGAAUUCAUGAUGUUUGCAGCACAGAAGGUACCUUGUGCCCCAGUUCAAAGUUAGCAGAAAAAAUAAUUAAUCAGUUAGCUCUUCAGUUCAGGUUUAUUUGCACAUUGUUAAUAAACCAGCCUGUAUAAAGUAGCAGAUGGCAGAUCUUGAAAAAAAAAAUUACACACUGCAUUCUUUUUAUUUUGAUCAGGAAAUAUUUGCCAUAGGUUGAAGAACACAAGACUUGCAGCUGAAAAUCAUACUGCUACUUUCAUGCAUACGAUCUACUGUAUUAUAAAGGUGAUCUUCAGUUUGUCUGAAUGCUUCAGAUUGCUGUAAUAAAGCACUCAUUAUUUUUGGAAUUGAACUUGGUUUUGGGCAGCUGAAUGAUUGUGUUUCAAAACUGCGACUGAGUAGGAUGUUUUCUGUACUGUUCAGAAGCCGGUACAGUGCAUUGGAGGUUUUAUGGUGUAACUUCUUCAAGAAUCAGAGACUGAAGCUAAGCACGUCAGCUGAAUUCUGGUAAUUGACUUCACAACUGUGAGGUAAAACAUGCUAGCUAAACCUCACCAGGAGAGAUUCAAACUGUUUCAUUGUAAAUUGUUCUUAAUUCACGGCAAUCCUAUUCACAUGAUCAAUUACCACAAUUCAUUUGAUGCGUGAUAACGUUUUUAAGCUGUGGUAGAACAAUCAUGUCUGAAUCCUUAUUUAAAAGCAGGCAGCACUUGUAAGAGGUGGGUGGAGGAAAAUUUAUCUCAUCUUCACUGCUCAAUCUGGCGUUUUCUCUCCCUGCAGUUUAUAAUGGUGAUGGUAAAAAAUAAACUGUGACCUUAGAUGAGGAACCAGUAUUUGAUCUGGCAUUUUUCAAUAUGUUCUUGCACUAAUUAAAUCUUCAGCAUAAUUUUAAAUAAGCUAAAAGAACUCCAGGAAUCUGUGUGCACCACUGAUGAGCAAAACAAAGUCGAAGGCAUCGGAGAUAGUUUCUCUCUCUUCCCUUCCUUCUCUUUUAUGCUAUGUGAGGAAUUCAUCAUGUGAGGGGGAAUCACUGUCCGCAUAAAGUUAGAAAACAACUAUUAAUUGUGUUCACGUAAGUGGACAUGUUGACAAUACUGAUAACGAGAAAACAGAUGAGCAGAAGCAUUAUACCUAGGAUAAGCAAUACCACUGCUGUUACUGGCUGCAUAAUGAAUUACUCAGAACAAUACCAGUAACUUCAUGACUUUUCUAUCAUGAUGCCUUUGCCUUCGUAUUAUUUCAAUUUUCUAUUCAUUUGUACUUGUGUUGAAAUUCUAGAAGCGUUUGUUUGCUGGAAUACAAAAUGACAGCAAUUAAAAUGGCAGUCAGCAAAUGAGAGUAGGUGUUGUGCAUCGUUAUAGUUGUCAUUUUCAGACAGAAUAGAUGCUACUUUUGAUUAAAAAGAAAAACACUUGCAGUCCAGUAAUUCCCUGAACCAAAAUAACCAUAAAUGUGUAGUGUCUGGUGUUAAUGGAGACGUCUUAAGUCUUAGCCAUAGCUGCACCAGAAGAAAAAGAAGGCUGCCUUGACACCAAGAUACUUUUUGGAAGACUGAGUCAGUGCCAUUAAAAUGCAAGUGAAUUCCACUGUACCAACAGUUUUACUCCAGUUAUUCACUUACUCUCAUUUGUUGUUUGCACAGAAAAACAAAACAAACCCCUCCAUUGUUUUCCUUUACUUGUAAAAGCCCUUGCAGAGACAUUAAUAGUGAAAACUUUACAUGGUGCUUAAAUAUUUUUAGUUUCUUAGAAUGUAAAUUGUAUUUUCAGCAAUGAUUCAUUUUCCUUCUGAAAGCAGAUGAUGCAGGUGAUUUCAUACCCGAAAUGAAUUGUAGAUUAUGCCAAAAAAAGAGGUUUGGUUUGUGUAAUAUUUAUUGAAUGCACAUAAAACCCUGAUGUCGGCUGGCAUAUAAAAAUGCACUGUAUUGUAUAAAACUUUUGUGUGUAUGUGUGAAUGGUGGGAUGCUGAUGCCGUUGUGUUGAGUUAAUGCACUACUUGUUUUUUCUUUGUUUUCCUUAAUGACGGAGCUCUCCCUCAAACAUGUUACUAGAUUGAUAGAGUUUGUAACUGACUUGGACAUUCGAAUAUUCAAAGUGAUUUCACUGUUCACUGAAAUUUUAUAAAGCUAAUUUUAUAUUUACUGUGCUAUUAAGAUGAAAUCCCUAUAAGUAUAGAAUACUACUGUAGUUCUUUAAAAGUUUAUUUAGAGUGGGGCUUGUGGAAAAUGAUUCAGAGUAUCGUAAACCAAAAAAAAAAAAAGAAUUCUGAACUUUCAAUCUACUUUUAAUUUCAUGUAAUUAUUAGUCUUGUUUGGUUGAAGAGGAAAGGGGUGGGAAGUCAAGCAAAAGGAAGUACUUUGUAAAAUGUAGUCUUAGAUCAGAUUGCACUGUGUAUAUGUGUGUCUGUAGUAUGUGUGUGUUCCUCUUGAAAUCUGGGAGGCGUGGUGAAAAGGUGUAAUAAUUCUUAAAAGAGCUGGUCUCAGUACUUUCCGAGUAUGUUACGCUACUAAGUCACAUUUUUAAAAAUACUCCUUCAGUUACUUUAUCUCUCCCAGUUAUGCAUUUCUCAUUUCAAUUUCCAAAUACUUCUGCAUUUUAAAUUGAUUGUAAAAACCCCUUGAAACUGAAAUAAAAAUACUUGAGUUGCAAUGGAGACAAGAAAAAAUGAAAACAAAAUCGAAUGUUUUAAAAAAGAAUGUGAGAAUAUUGUCAUCAGGAUGAUAGUUGCUAUUUAAAAUUCAGUGAUACACCCUAGAAUGUGAAAAUGACUAUCCUGACAAGAAGUGGACCGUUGGACAUAAACAAUUCAUCAGCUUCUUUGGCACAAUAGAACUUAUGUGCUCUGUACUACAACUCUCCAUCCCGUAAAGAAAGAAGACGUGCACAGUUACACAUCUCGUAGUCAGUACUGUUUCUAUGUGCUGCUGCAUUUGUUUUGUUUCAAAAUGUCAGCGUUAUUUGAAGCUGGCCAUGACUGAAUUUUGCCAGAUUCUUCAGUUUGGGGCUUUCAUUGCUGUUUAUGUCCAUCAGUAUUAAUGCGACUAUUUUCUUGGUUUUGAAUAAUCAUAAGUUGGUGGAGUUAAUGCAAUAUUAUAAUCCUGGACUUUCAGUACAUUUGAAACGAUUUUAAAAAAUUGUGUUCUUGGAAUUUAUUUAUUUAUGGUGGCACCAGUGUAUCUAAUCCAUAUUUCCUGCUGUGUGAAACCCUGUUAAAUUUUUUUCAUUAAAACAAGAAGACACGAUCUUGUUUAAUCCUGUAUAUAUGGUGUCUACAUUCUAGAUUUGUGUAUGCUGUGAAUGAACUUAUUACUAAGAGAUGAAAUUGUAUAAAGGCAUUCAGAGGCUAUGCAUGCAUGGUACCUCCAGAAAGUGCAUACUCCGAGUUGCAGACUCCUGCAAAAUAAAUUAAUAAAACUAAGCAAACAUCA